UAGAGAGAAGUGAAGGGCUCGGAGGGCAGGGGCAGGGACAGGAGUGAGGGGCACCGGCAGGACUGGUGGGGGUGUUAAUAUCCCCCCCCCCCCCGAAUCAACAGUCCCGCAGCCCCGAACGAGGCUGGGCUCUGGAAAAUGACUCCGUUCAUCCUCACCCGCUUGCUGUUGCCAUGGUUUCCAUUCACAGGUGCCGGGGGGGUGGCGGGGGUGAGCUGCACAGAGAACAAGUGGAUCCCUCAGCUGGGUUCCUGCACCGGGACCGACCCCGAAUCCGCCGGAUCCAAGAGGCUGCCCCAGAACUCCGGUAUCACAGAUCCACCACGGGACCUAGGCCCAGGUCUCCGUGGAGCCCCGAGUGGCGGCUAGGCCUCGUCUCCCUCACCACCCAGAUGCCCCCUGUGCCCCGGCUCUAUCCCGGGCUCAGGCCUUUCUCUGCCCAUCCCAAGCUCUGCAGCCCAGCCAGGCAGUGGCUACUGGAGAGGAAACUGCUCCUGGGAUCGGGGGACGCCUCCCCGCGAAGCUGCCAGGGGCUGGAGCCGUGACCCCGCGCUGCCCUCGCUCCGGGGGUUGAGAUCUGCGCUGGCAUCACCCCCUUUUGCUGCCGGGCCAUCCCCACACGCACAGAGGGCAGCGACGGGGGCGUCCGCGGUGCCUCGUGCCCUUCAGGCCCCGGCCCAGGCGGCCGCCUCGCCAGCCCGUGUCCACACAGAGCCGUGGCGCCGCGGGACAGGAUUGGCUUGUGCCACGUUCCCAGCCCCAUGGAAGCCCUGGGGAAAUCCACCCUGUGGCUCUGUGGGGAGCUGGCGUCCCCGGCUGGCCGGCUGCACAUCCUGGAUUGCCGCAGCCGGGAGCGCUACGACGCCUGCCACGUGGCCCGGGCGCUGAGCGUGGCCCUGCCAGGGCUGCUGCUGCGGCGGCUGCGCAAGGGGAAGAUGUCGGUGCGGGCACUGCUCCCGCCCGCGCCGGGCGCCGUCCUGCUGUACGACGAGGCCACCGCCACGCUGCCGCGCCCCGGAUGGGACGGCGAGGAGUCGGUGCUGGCCACGCUGCCGCGCCCCGGUCGGGAUGGCGAGGAGUCAGUGCUGGCCACGCUGCCGCGCCCCGGCCGGGACGGCGAGGAGUCGGUGCUGGCCACGCUGCCGUGCCCCGGCCGGGACGGCGAGGAGUCGGUGCUGGCCACGCUGCUGCGCAGGCUGCGGGAGGAAGGCUGCACGGCGUAUUACCUGCAAGGCGGCUUCUCCAAGUUCCAGUCCGAGUGGCCAGAUCACUGCGAGAGCAGCCUGGAGGUGCCCAGCGCCAGCAGCUGCCCCGCUCCUGCGGGGACCCCAGUGGUGGGGCUGGGGGGGCUGAGCCUGGGCUCAGACGGGGACUCGGGACCCCUGAGCAGCAGGGGCCUGGACUCGGAGGCAGCCAGCCCCCCGUCCUACCCGGUGCAGAUCCUGCCUCACCUCUACCUGGGCAGCGCCCGCGACUCGGCCAACAUGGAGACGCUGGCACAGCUGGGCAUCCGCUACGUCCUGAACGUCACCCCCAACCUGCCCAACCUCUUCGAGGAGCAGGGCGGCUUCCGCUACAAGCAGAUCCCCAUCUCGGACCACUGGAGCCAGAACCUGGCCUGCUUCUUCCCGGAGGCCAUCGCCUUCAUCGACGAGGCCGUGUCCCAGAACUGCGGCAUCCUUGUUCACUGCCUGGCGGGUGUGAGCCGCUCGGUGACGGUGACAGUGGCCUACCUCAUGCAGCGCCUCAGCCUGUCGCUCAACGACGCCUACGACCUGGUCAAGCGCAAGAAGGCCGACAUCUCGCCCAACUUCAACUUCAUGGGGCAGCUGCUGGACUUUGAGAGGGAACUGGGGCUGGCCAAGGGAUCGCCAGCGACCCCCGGAGCCCCUGACGGGCACGGCCAGACGCCCACAUCCUCCCCAGGCUGCUUCUUCAUGCCACCGCCCUCCGAAUGUGAGGAAGAGGAUGGCAGCUUCCAGCGUUACCCCACGUAGCCCCUGUUAUCCCCCAUGAGCCCCAUGGCUAAUCUAGGCGUCGGCGGGGUUACCAGGGGAUGUGUGGCUAACCUAGGCCUUGGCAGGACGCUAGAACCUGCAGGGAUGAAUCUAGACCUGCCUUUUCUGGGAUCUGUGCUCUGGAGCCAGGUCUGGAACCUGCAGCUCUGGAAUAGGAACCCAGAAGCCACAAUUAACUUCCUUGUUUGCACUUUUGGUUCCGGAACCACAAGGAAAAUAAAACCCAGUGAGGUCAUGCUGGAGCCUAGAACUCUUCGCUCUACAGAUGAGAGCUUGAAUGCCAUGCCAGGUCUGGAACCUGGACCUCUAGAAUUCAGCUGUGCCCCAGAGCCAUUGUAGAACCAUCAGAACGUGAACCUGGAACCUGCAUCAACUAUCUUGUUUGGACAUUUGGUUCUAGAGGUUCAAUUAGGAGAAUAUUAAGCCAGUAAACGAUUGUGCUAGAGCAUAGAACGUGCAGCUAUAGAGGCAGAUUAAGAAAUCUUGACUGCUAAUGCCAUGUCUGAAAUCUGGGCCUCUAGAAUGGGGGAGAUCAGCUGCACCUAGAAUCUGAUUGCACCAGAACUACCAUUUCAAAACCAUAUGCCAGAUCUGGAACCUGAAGCUCUGGAACCAGGAUGUGGAACCAACAAUUGUCUGCCUUGUUUGAGCCAGUAGUUCUAGAGCCAUAAUAAGAGUUAGAAACCACCAAGGUGGAGUCUAGAACCUGCAGUUCUAGAAGUGGAUUAAGGAAUCUACAGAACCAGGUCUGGAAUAUGCAUCUCUAAAACAAAGACAGAGGGCUUAUAUUAACUGCCUUCUUUUGAUCUAAAGCAACAGUGAGAGUUAUAAGACACUGAGCUACGAUUCCACAAUCUAGAUCCUGCAGCUCUAGAUGUGGGUGAAGGAAUCCCCAUUAGCCAGUGCCAGGUCUGGAACAGCAGUUCUGGAACCAGGAUCCAGAGCCAACAUUUACCUGCCUUGUUGAGACCUUUUGGUUCUAAAGCUACCAAUCUACUAUGGUGGAACCUACAACCUGCAGCCCUCGAAGCACGUUCAGGAUUCUCCAGUGCCAGGUCUGGGACCCGUAGCCAGGAUUGGUGAUCCACUCUAUCUAGAACCUUAUUGCUUGAGCAUUAUCCUUUAAAAGCCAUGUGGGCCAGAUUUGGAACCUGGCUAUACAACAAAGAUAGAGAAUGCCCAUCUUGUUUGGACCGUUGGUUCUAGAGCCAUCAUGAGAGUAAUAAUCAUGCCAGAGUCUAGAACCGGCAGAUCUCGAAGUGGGUCAAGUGAUCUCCAGUGCCAGGUCUGGAACCUGGGGCCCUAGAACAACGAUCCAGAGCCCACUCGCCUGCCUUGCUGGUAUCUUUUGGUUCUAGAGCCAGUUAGGCUACGCUACUGGAGUCUAGAACUUGCAGCUCCAGAAGUUGAAUCAGGACACUUCCCCAUCAGACCUCACCGCAAUGCCUGCGCUGGAAUGUCACCCCGAGACUGAACGCUGACCUGGACCACAUCCAACCACGUGCUUAUGAGUUUUGAACAACUGGAUUGGAACUGGGGCUACUUGGCAACUCUAGAACUAGUUCUCGGUAGGGUUCCCAGCCGAAAACCAGAUUGUGUUGCAGUGGGUUUGCAGCAGAGACCUGGGAGCCAGGAAAGAACGGUGUCCGUCUGUCCAUCCCUGCUGGAGGAGCUGUCCCAUGGGUGUCCCCACGUGCGUGUCGCUGCUGGAGGAGAGGAACCCUGGCGUGUCCCUGCUGGAGGGGAUGUGCCAUGCCUGUGUGUGUGUCCAAGUGCCAGACGGUCACACUGAUCCUCACUAGCUGAUGCUUGGGCCUGUGGGGGGGGGGUGUUGUUUUUUCACUGUUCUAACUCUUCCCCCCACCUUGUG